UGAAAACAAAUUUUAGUCAAAAUUUCUUUAAAUUAGUUUUUUUUCGAAUAAAUAAAUAUUGUUGCCGAAAAGAAACAUUAUCAAAAUUACUUUGUUUUUUUUUGUGUAUAAAUAUGUGUGUAUUGUUUUAAGUUGGCCUAAACAAGUUUUCAAAUAUUCAAGGAAUUUUCGCUUUAACCAGACAACAUUGAAACCCAAAUUUGCUGAAAACUACAAAAAUUAAAAUAUAAAAUAUUUAAAUUUCCAACCAGCAACACACCCCUGUCAUCUAAACUAAACAAAGAUUUGCCAGCCUUUUUCCCAACUCUCAAACCAUAACUUAAACAUAAUUUUGUUCAGCCCACCUAAAAGAUUCCUAUUAAACGAAUUGUAACACUUGGAAAUCAUGCAAUGAAAUUCUUUGUAAUUUAAAACAAUCAAUGAAAAUUUUAUUAUAAUUUUCAUUAAACCGGCUCGGCUCAAUAGUACAAAACUUUGGAAAAAUAUCUAUUAAUUUGUUAUUUUUACAUUUUGGAAUUACUUCAGUAAAACAAAAAAACCAUGCAUGAAAGGCGUGUCAAAAAAAUUAAAGGUGGUCACUAUGUGGCCACUCAUGGCCGUUUAACGCCCGAUCCACCAUAUGUACACUCGAAUCGUGGCUACUCCACCGAUGGCGAAGAAUCACAUCGUGCUCCCUCUGAACGUACCAUGUCCGAGUAUACGAUAGCACACGAACGUACCUCACCUCAGGGUCAAUAUCAUUCAUCGCGUAAAACACGCAUUAAUGGUCACUCGAAUGGCACAUCGAAUGGCCAUUACAAUCAAUCGGUGGUGGAUAGUGGUGGCCCUCGUGCUCUCAACGGUCCGCCACCAUCACGCCUGCCCCCUAGGGCACCAUCUGCCCUGAGUUAUGAUCAUGGUGGUGAUGCGGGUAGUGAUAUAUAUGUAACGAGUGCUGCUUACAAAGCUCCAUCAGAAAUAAGCCGUUAUAGUCAUCGUCCUCCUUCUAGAGCACCCAGAAGUGUUUAUUCUGUGGCCAGUACUGCGAAAACUGGUCGUAGUGCUCGCAGCACUACGAAACGUGGAGCUAAAAUUGAAACAAUGUCAGCCCCAAAUCCUUUCUGUCCAAAUGUUAAAGGUGUUUGUUGUUUAAUGUUGCUGUUAAAUUUGGGCAUCAUCCUGGUGACAUUGGGUUUUGUUAUAGUGGUGCAAUUAUAUGAGCCAUUUUAUGUGUGGAUUCUUGGCAUAAUAUUUUUAAUAUUCGGAUUUUUAACCUUAAUCGGUUGCAUGGUCUAUUGUGUUUAUGUGUGCCGAGAUGCAAAGACGCCAUCGCAAGUGCGCAACGAGGAUCUCUAUUGGACCAGACAUUGGCAAAAGAAUAUCGGUUAUACACCGCAAGAAAUCAACUAUAAAGCCGAUAAAUAUGAUGCCUAUUCGGAUCGUUAUUCGGUUAGCAAAAUGAGUGGCAAAUAUUCGGAUAGAGAAAGUAAUCGCUACUAAAAACCGUGAAACCCCCUCUAAAAAAGCCCAAUAGCAACGAAACUCAAAACGAAUGGAAAUGAAAUUAAUCGAAUAAAAACUAUAUGCAUGCAUAUUAAUUAUAAAAAAAAAACAUAUUCAAAACGAAUUGUAUUUAAACGUACCUGCUGCAAGUGACUUGCUAGUUCGUAUGUUUUCUUUUCUUUCACACACAGCCUAGUUGUAAGUUUUAAUUAUUAUUUAAACUAUAAAAUUAUUAAUUAACGACUAAUUUAAAGUUAAGUUAUUAAAAGUGAUAUAUAAAUCGCUUGAAAAACAAACAAAAAAACAUGAAAAUGCCAUAAUAACCAGUAAUCGAAGGAAUUUCUAAAAUUCGAUUAUAAACUACAAGUUCUUAAAUAAAUAAAUAUUACAUAGUUUUAAACUAUAGUACUACAAAACAAUAGUCAAGUAAUCAAUUAAAUUAUUUGAAAAUAACGAAAUAAAUAAAUUAAUAAAUAACCCUUGUAAAAAUAUAUAUAAACGUAUUAAUGGAAACAUUAAUUUUAUUUUAAAUGAAAUUACAAAUAGACCCAGUCAACCACAAAUCACAAGUGAAAUUUUUAAAAUACACUGUAACAUAAAAUAAACUUGUUAUACUGUGUAUGUGAAUGGAAUUAUUUUAUAAAGUAAUUUUAAUUUUAAUCUUUUUUUAUUUAAUCAAGUAAACUAAAAAAUAAUUGUUAAUUAGAAUUAGAAUUUUAAUAUUAAUACCGUUAUUGAUUGAUUUUUAAAUGUAAAAUUGUAAAUAACCUUGAAUAAAAUAAACAACAUGUAAUAAAAUGAAAUAAUAAAAUAAACAAACAAA